AUGAACCACGUGUGGAACGGCUCAGUAGGACACGGCAACAGCAGCGUGACGUGGAGCUACUGGUUGGUUCUGUCGCUGGGAAUCCCGCAACUGGGCAUCAAUUUAAUUUCCAUCGUCUGCAACUGUUUAGUGAUCCUCAGCAACAUCUCUCCAAAGCACCCGAACAAGCCCAUCUUCAUUCUCUUUAGGAGCUUGGCUCUGUCUGACCUUCUCUCAAGCAUAUCUUCUUUCUGGAUCGCCUUACUGUUCAUUUAUAACCCGGAGAACACUAUAUAUGGCUCGAGAGAACUGCUGCACCCCUAUGCCAUUCUUGCCAUCUCUAUACUAUCGGCCGUCUACAACUUGAUCGGCAUCGGCGUGGAACGCUAUCUGACCCUGUCGAAUGGCUUGAGACCCAGGUGCAGGAUCUUCCACUACCAGCCCCGGACGAUGGCCAUGAUCAGCUGGCUACUGGCGGCCAUUUUCGGGGGGCUGCCCCUGAUGGGCUGGAAUUGCCUCCACGAUGAUGAAAAAUCAUCUGCCCUUUACCGGCCUCUCUGCAUCGAUUACCUGGUGUUUAUCACCAUUCCCAAUGGCGUUAUAACCUUCGCUUGCCUAUUCUUCACUUAUGUUUCCAUCAUUAUAAUUUUAAGGAGACAGAAGUGCAUAAUUACAGCCCAGGGUCACGUUAGUAACAGGUCCAGAGUGGCCGAGGCCCACGUCACAAGGACAAGUAUCAUAAUUUGGAUCAUGACGGUAGUCUCGUACGCCCCGUUCUUUUCAGGCGUCCUUUGGGAUGCGCUGGACCACUCUCAGCAUGGCGACCUUCAAAUACACAUUUUUAUUUUUAGGAAUUUCACUGCCAUCAUGAUAACGCUAAACUCUUUAAGUAAUCCUAUGGUCUAUAGUCAGAAAUUAAAAGGACUACGAAACACUAUCAGUUCAUUCAAAUCUUCUCUUGGCAAAAGAAUUCAUGUGCGAACAGUAAGAAUUGCUUAA